GUGAUUGCCUCUCUCCGACGUCGCUGGGUCCAGUCUGGUCUAGCGACAGUCAGAAUCCCCGUUCAGAGUAGACAGGAGCACAGCCGCGACUACAACUCUGUGUCAACUGUCUUACACUACCUAGAGGACGGAUUCCUGUACAGACAGCAGGACCAGCUUUGCCCUAUAAGUUCCUGAGAGAAGAGACUAGCCCAGUGCAAAGACUUCAGCCUCUUCAGUAGAGUCCAGUCUGACCAGGUUUGGUUUCAUCCAGAUUCAACCAACCCCAUCCAUCAAGUUUUCUGUCUGUGGAGGCUGGUCCAGCGUGUCAAGCUGGACGGAGGAGAGAAGAGUGGGGCCGAGGGCCCGGCCUUCGUUCUGCGACACAGAACAUCAAACCUCGUCGAACACACAACAGCUAGUCAGCCUACAGAUCCCAUGAGUCCCCGGGAGAAAGUAGACACGCUCACCUCAGGUCCCUCAACCAGUCACCUCAGCACCUCAGGGUGCCCCUCACAGAAUGGGACCAUCCCAGAGUGCGACGAGGACAGAAGAGUAGAUGAAGAUGAAGGGAGAAGAAGCGAGGAGAAGGAGGAAGAGGAAGUGGAAGAGAAGGGCAGCGAUGAAGGUUUCAUGGGAAUGACUCCGCUGCUGCAGGCGCACCACGCCAUGGAGAGGAUGGAGGAGUUCGUACACAAGGUGUGGGAGGGCCGGUGGCGUGUCAUACCUCACGACGUGCUCCCCGAUUGGCUGAAGGACAACGACUUCCUGCUCCACGGCCACAGACCGCCCAUGCCUUCGUUCCGCGCCUGCUUCAAGAGCAUCUUCAGAAUCCACACGGAGACGGGAAACAUCUGGACACAUCUGCUAGGCUGCUUGUUUUUCCUGUGUCUGGGGCUGAUGUACAUGUUCCGGCCCAACAUGUCGUUUGUGGCUCCGCUCCAGGAGAAGGUGGCCAUCGGGAUGUUUUUCCUGGGAGCCAUCCUCUGCCUCUCCUUCUCCUGGCUCUUCCACACAGUCUACUGCCAUUCGGAGGGCGUCUCCAGAGUCUUCUCCAAGUUGGACUACAGUGGGAUCGCCUUCCUGAUCAUGGGCUCCUUUGUCCCCUGGUUGUACUACUCCUUCUACUGCUCCCCUCAGCCCUGCUUCAUCUACCUGAUAGUGGUGUGUAUACUGGGGUUGUCUGCCAUCACCGUCUCCCAGUGCGAUUUCUUCGCCACGCCGCAGUACAGAGGAGUCCGAGCAGGAGUGUUUGUAGGUCUCGGUCUGAGCGGCGUCGUUCCCACACUGCACUUUGUCAUCAGCGAGGGUCUCAUCAAAGCCACCACCAUGGGUCAGAUGGGCUGGCUGCUGCUCAUGGCGACGCUCUACAUCACCGGCGCCUGUUUGUACGCCGCUCGCAUCCCUGAGAGGUUCUUCCCCGGCAAGUGUGACAUCUGGUUCCACUCCCACCAGCUGUUCCACAUCUUGGUGGUCGCGGGGGCUUUCGUUCACUUCCACGGCGUCUCCAACCUGCAGGAGUUUCGCUACACGGCGGGGGCGGGCUGCGCCGAGGAGGGCGCUCUCUAACGCACACACUGACCCACUCAGUCACUCACAUGCAUUUUUCGGGGAGGCACUGGUUCUAAUGAUAUGCACAGAAUUACACACACACAUAAAAAAAAGCCUAAGACAUGCACACACACACACGUCUGCCCCCACCCCCACCUCCAGACUGAAGACCAGAGAAGUGGCUUGUCUGGUGUGUGUGGUACACAGGAAGUCCUCCCAGGGGGCGCUAUUAAAACGACCGGCGAGGGUUUUUGUUCUCUUUCUGUCCCUCUUGUCCAUCUGUCAGACCCCCACCUCCUCUAUGAAAACCACUUCCGAGACGCGGCUUGUUUUACAAACCAGCUUCUGAGACUCUUUCCAGGAAGUUUGUUUUUUGGAAGCGCUACAUUCAAAUCCAACUUUUAAAAAGAAAAAAAAAAUCCCACAUUUUUCUUCUGUGUUGAGUUCUAAGAGUUUAAUGGUUUGAUAUGUAAAGGAGGCGUCAUUGUGGCUUUAAAGAAAAAAACAUUUUGGAGUGUGUUUUUUUUUUUUUUUGGUGAAUGCUGUUUUCACAACUUUAAAGCAUUCGAAUAUGAAAAAAAAAAAAAAAAGUUGAGUGGAACUGUCUUUAGAUUUCUUCCAUAAUUGUGAAGGUAGCAGGGGGACAUGUUGGGAUCAGGGUGGGCCGAGGGGUUAAUAGUCACUUUUAAAAGUUUAAAAGAAAAAAAAACUUUUCCAUGUAAAUAAGAUUUCUAAAUUUUUUGGGUUAUAGAUUUGUAUGAAAUAUAUAUGAAAAAAAGACCAAAAAAAAGAAAAAAUGUAUGGCAAGAAUAAAUAAAAUAUGUUAGAUGAUAAAUCAAUUACAGGCGAGGUUUUGUGGAUGGAGAAGUGUUAGAGCUACACCUGCUUCAGCGGCGGUGGAGAGAAUAAUACUACGGUCGGAGGGAAGCGCUUGAAAACAGCUUCAUGUAGUGUGUGUACGCGAGGACGAGCGGUAGAGGCGAGGAGGAAACACAGGGCACAACACCUGAAUCUUAUCAAACGAGCAGCGUCUCCAAGACUCAGAGUCACUUUCCCGAUCUUACGAUUAUAAACGAGGAGGCAGCAGCGACUGUCUAUGUAGUUUCUUUCUUUUGUGCUCGAAAACCAAAUUUAUAGUAAACAUUUGUCGCCGUUUUAUUUUGAAAUUCCCUGUCAACGCAAUAUGUUUAUUUUCUUCCCUGCCCUUCGAUAAUGUGUCUAAACAUGUAAGUUUUGUUUUGGUAAAACUGCAGUGUUAUUGUCACAGUGCAGGCGCAGUUCAUCGUCUUCCACCUCUGUGACACUUGAUAAGAUUCACCUCCUCACAGAACAACAAAACAUGUUUUUUCUUUUUCUGAUUGGAUUGUAUUUUAAUUUAUCCACUGCUGUUUGUUGUUUUCUUUGGGAUGUUAUUAUUCUAUUAUUAUUAUUGUUAUUAUUGCAAGCUUUAAUUUUUCUUUUCUAUAUUUUAUUAUUUCUCUCGUUCGGCCAGAGAUCAUGUGGUGUUUUUGCUUUGAGUCAAGUCUCCUUUCAAAACAAAAUGUGUUCUGGCGAUACCAAAAUCUCACCUGCACGAUGAAAAAUUCAGAAUUGAUCAUGAGCUGUGCGUCUGUGAUUGAUUUGCAAGUUUCUUUUUUUCUGAAGAGGAAGUUGAAUUGCUAUCAGAGUGAUCAGUGUUUCCUCUUCUCUCAGUUUUUUUUCUUUUCUUUUCUGCAUUUUCAGUUUUUAUUUGAUCUAGCUCAUAUUAAUUUAUUCUCUUGGGGAGCAUACUGUCUGUUGAAGCACACGUUCCGUUCUGAUGGGAGUGUUUGAUUGCAAUAGACCUUUAUAUCUGCUGUAUUGUUCUAAUAAAAAAAAAUUUUUUUUGAAUGUG